CGCCAUGUGACGCCCGCCUCGGAGGCCGGCGGCGGAGCGAUCCACGCGCAGGGCGCGGAGGGGCUGUUCCGGGGAAACUGCCGCGCAAGUUGCAUCACACUGCCAUUCCUGCAAGGACCGAACUGCCACGGGAUUUGAAUGUCACACCCGGAAGUAAAUGAAUUGCUCAAUUUCCUGGGACCACCUGCUCACGCUCCAUCUUCAAAACGUGCGUCCGUGUCCCGUCAAAGGGGCGAUCGCGACCCUCCCUUCUCCAACAUGCGCGACGUCUCCGGAUGGUGCAACUGUGGCACGGGCACCUGGCUCCAUGAAGGAAAACCCCGCGGCUCUAUGGCGCGCAUCGUUUGACAGGCGCGACUACUCCCCUCGUCGGUGGGCUCCUGCUGAACCCGCGAGCAGGGGCUGUGGAAUCCUCAAGGGCCCGUGACACCGCUGAACAGGGCGCUAAGAUGAAGGACAUGCCACUCCGCGCACACGUGCUACUGGGCCUAGCGAUCGCGACACUGGUGCGAGCCAUGGAUAAGAGGGCGGAUUGCCCGCAGCUGUGCACGUGUGAGGUCAGGCCAUGGUUCACGCCCCGAUCCGUGUACAUGGACGCGUCCACGGUGGACUGUAACGACCUGGGGCUCUCACGCUUCCCAGCCAGGCUGCCUGCCGACACCCAGGUUCUGCUCCUGCAGACCAACAACAUCGCCCACAUCGAAGGCUCCGUGGACUUCCCGGUGAACCUGACCGGCCUGGACCUAUCGCAGAACAGUCUGUCCUCGGUCCGCAACAUUAACGUGAGAAAGAUGCCUCAGCUGCUCUCCGUGUACCUGGAGGAAAACAAGCUCACCGAGCUGCCCGAGAGGUGUCUGUCGGGGCUGAGCAGUUUACAGGAGCUCUACGUGAAUCACAACUCGCUCUCUGUGAUCUCGCCGGGGGCCUUCAUCGGCCUCCACAACCUCCUCCGUCUUCACCUCAAUUCCAACAGGCUGCAGGUGAUCGACAGCCAGUGGUUUGACGCCCUCCCCAACCUGGAGGUUCUGAUGAUUGGGGAGAACCCGAUCAUCAGGAUCCGAGACAUGAACUUCAAGCCGCUCGCCAAUCUCCGCAGCCUGGUUAUAGCGGGCAUAAACCUCACGGAAAUCCCCGACGACGCCCUGGUCGGCCUGGACAACUUGGAGAGCAUCUCUUUUUACGACAACAGGCUUAGGAAAGUGCCCCAAGCUGCGCUUCAGAAAGUGGCGAACCUCAAGUUUUUGGAUCUCAAUAAAAAUCCCAUCCACAGGAUCCGGAGGGGCGAUUUCAGCAAUAUGCUGCACCUGAAGGAGCUGGGGAUCAAUAACAUGCCCGAGCUCAUCUCCAUCGACGGCCUUGCCGUGGAUAACCUGCCCGAUUUAAGGAAAAUAGAGGCGACCAACAACCCCAGGCUGUCGUACAUUCACCCCAACGCGUUUUUCAGACUCCCCAAGCUGGAGUCGCUCAUGCUCAACAGCAACGCCCUCAGCGCCCUGUACCGCGGCACCGUCGAGGCCCUGCCCAGCCUCAAGGAGAUCAGCAUCCACGGCAACCCCAUCCGGUGCGACUGCGUCAUCCGCUGGAUCAACAUGAACAAGACCAGCGUUCGCUUCAUGGAGCCCGAGUCGCUGUUCUGCGUGGACCCGCCCGAGUUCCAAGGUCAGAACGUGCGGCAGGUGCACUUCCGGGAGAUGAUGGAGAUCUGCCUGCCUCUCAUCGCGCCCGAGAGCGUCCCCUCCAGCCUGGACCUGGACGCCGGGAGCCACGUCUCCUUACACUGCAGGGCGACGGCCGAGCCGCAGCCCGAGAUCUACUGGGUAACGCCCUCGGGUCAGAAGCUCGCGCCCAACGCGCUGACCGACAGGUUCUACGUGCACUCCGAGGGCACCCUGGACAUAAGCCGCAUCGCCCCGGCGGACGGCGGCCUGUACACCUGCAUAGCGACCAACCUGGUGGGCGCCGACUUGAAGUCCGUCAUGAUCAAAGUAGACGGUUCCGUCCCCCAGGAUAACAACGGAUCCCUGAAUAUUAGAAUAAAGGACGUCCGGGCCAAUUCGGUUCUGCUGUCUUGGAGGGCGAGCUCUAAGGUUCUCAAAUCCAGUGUCAAGUGGACAGCCUCCGUCAAGGCCGAGUCUUCCCAGGCCCCCCAAAGUGCGCGCGUGCCGUCUGACGUCAAGGUGUACAACCUCACCCACCUGAACCCUUCCACUGAGUAUAACAUAUGCAUUGACGUCCCCACCGUCUAUCAGGAGAACAGGAGACGGUGCGUUAGCGUCACCACCAAAGGGUCGGACGCCGGCGGAGAGGCGAAUGCGGGGAGCAGCCGCACCGCGCUCCUGGCCUGCCUUGGGGGCCUUCUGGGGGUUAUCGGUGUGGCGUGUCUUCUCGGCCGCCUCUCGCACAAAGUGAGCGGCGAGGCCGGGCAGGGCCGCGCCAGCGGUUACCUCCCGAGGCCGGCCCUGGCGCUCAGCGAGCUUCACCCCCUCGUCGAGCUCUGGGAGGCCGGCGACGGGCAGAGCGCGGCACUGGAGGUGAGAGCCACCGUCCUAGGCGUGCCCGCGCGCGCGUCCUAGGCACAGCCGGGGCGCUUCGGGGGGCCCAGGGCUGCAGCUGUGCCGGGAAGGAGGAAAGACGGAGGGUGUCCCUUCCCCAGAGGAAGCUGGAGCUCCGCCAGUGCUGCUCCUACCAGCGGAAAGGUCUGCAAGCUCAGCAUCUGGAUUCGCUGGCUUCGAAGGGCACCGUGGCAACCAAAUAAUUCCAUUUUCUAGGACUUUCACGUGACUCUGAUGUCCGGACAACGGUUACGGUGGACGAAAACGUUUCUGUAUUUUUUUUAAGUAUAUAAGCGUAGUGGAACUGAGCAAUACCUCCUGCUGUGUUGUAUCACACAUAUUAGCCACGAGUUUUUGCCGUGACCAGAUACACUUGAAUUGACACGUGGUGUAAUAAAAACGGACAGAUUCUGUAGAGUAGACACAGUGAGUAUGUUGGCCUCUUUUAUAAGGGAAAAAAAAAAAAUACAUUUUGGAUUAAAAUCAAUUGCUUUUGUCUUGGUUUUGUUUCUAAAUAAAGAAUAAUUUCUGGGAAAUGU